CUCGCGUUCGACGAUUCAGUUCCCCACUCUCUCCAGUGCGCACCUCUUCCCCUUGUUCUUCUCCCCAGAAAAUACUCCUCUUCAUGUUUUCAAACCUCGCUCGACCUACUCACGAUUCGUGUAGCAACGGUGCCCGCACCAGGUCCGCACCAGAGGCCAGCAGACGCCCAGGCGCGUGACUGAUGGGACGCUACCCCAGAUCACUCCAGAUUCACUCCCCGUUCAUGGUUUGGGCCCCGCAUGUGCCGUGGGGUCACCUGGCCCCCGAGCGCGACAGCGGCCAUAUAAGAGCAACUUGAUGGGAGGCCGCCCUCUGUGGUCCUUCCCGCGCUAGCCUCUCUAUCAAGCAAGUAGCAGUGCCAAGACCGCAACCAUGGCCAAAGGGUACAAUGCGCGGUUCGCCUCCAACCCAUAUGUCGUCGGGUCCUUCGCAUGUAUCGGUGGUGGUCUCUUCGGUCUGGACAUCUCGUCUAUGUCCGGAGUCUUGAACAAUGACCACUACCUCAAUCAAUAUCACCACCCCACAUCCGACGCACAAGGCGCCAUCACCGCGUCUAUGCCCGCCGGUUCCUUCGUCGGUGCCCUCAUCGUCUCCCAACUCGCGGAUCGCAUUGGGCGCAAGAAUGCCGUUAUCCUCUCCGGCAUCAUCUGGGUCAUCGGCGCCAUCCUCCAAUGCGCGUCCGUCAACCGGGGCAUGCUCGUCGUCGGCCGCAUCAUCGCCGGGCUCUCGGUCGGCAUCGCGUCGACCGUCGUACCCAUCUACCAGGCCGAGGUCACCGCGCCCGCCAUCCGCGGUCGCCUCGUCUCGCUCCAGCAGUGGUCCAUCACCUGGGGCAUCCUCAUUCAGUACUUCAUCCAGUUCGGCUGCUCGUACAUCAACGGCGUCGCGUCCUUCCGCAUCCCCUGGGGCCUGCAGAUGAUACCCGGCAUCAUCCUCUCGCUCGGCAUGACCUACUUCCCCGAGUCCCCGCGUUGGCUGCUCGACCACGGACACGAUGAUAAGGCGCUCGAGGUUCUCGCGGACCUGCACGGCGGCGGGGAUCCCAAGAAUGAGCUCGUCGUCCUCGAGUUCGAGGAGAUCAAGCAGCAGGUCAUCUUCGAGCGCACCGAGGGUGCCAAGUCCUACCUCGACCUCAUCAAGCCCGGUAUGCCUCGCCGCGUCGGCCUCGGUAUGGCGCUCCAGAUGUGGUCGCAGCUGUCGGGCAUGAACGUCAUGAUGUACUACAUCAUCUACGUCUUCGAGGGCGCUGGUCUCACCGGUCGCCGCGCGAACCUGAUCGCCGACUCGGUGCAAUAUGUCCUCAACGUCGUCUUCACCAUCCCCGCCAUCAUCUACAUCGACCGCUGGGGCCGCCGCCCGAUGUUAGUCGCCGGCACCUUCUUCAUGUCGCUCUUCCUCUUCCUCGUCGGCGGUCUCCAGGGUGGAUAUGGUGGCUGGGCGGAUCUUGAUGGCGAGCGGACAUGGAUUAUCCAGGGCAACGACUCCGUGCGAAACGCCGUUAUUGUCAUGUCCUACUUCUUUGUCUGCUCCUUCGCUAUCACCAUGGGUCCCGUCUCCUGGACAUACCCCGCCGAGCUCUUCCCUCUCAAGGUCCGCGGCAAGGCCGUCUCCCUCUCCACGGCGACCAACUGGCUCUUCAACUUCGCCCUCGCGUACGCCGUGCCGCCCGGCUUCAAGAACAUCGCGUACAAGACGUACUUCAUCUUCGCGACUUUCAACGCCGCCGCGUGCAUCCACAUUUUCUUCAUGUACCCGGAGACCGUCGGCCGCUCGCUCGAGGAGGUCGAGGAGAUCUUCGAGCAGGGCCAUGUCUUCAGCGCGUGGAAGAUCCACCGUGGCGUUGGGAAGAAGACCGUGCACGAGGUCGUGCAGAAGUCGCAGGCGCUCGAGGCUCAACUCGAGCAUCGCGAGUCCGCCAGCGACAACGAGAAGGCAUAAACGCCUCGUCCUCUCGUCGCUCGUACUUCUUCCCGCCCCAUGCCAGGCCACAUACGGCUUUGUUUACCCUCAUCUACGACCCCGAUAUCCCCUCCUACUAUUCCCACCGCCUCGGACAAAUUCCUUCGCGACCGGGGUGCUAUAUUAGUAGCCUACUUACCCGUCGUUCCUUUGACGAGUCUCUGCUCGCACGUGUCUGUCGUAUGAGCAUGCGUCUGUCUUACGAGUUCCUUGCCUGCUUUCUCCUUCUGUAGUGUACUUUGUACCGUUACGAUGGGUGUUUGGUGUUCACGAGGGAAAGUAUUUAAUGGCUAAUUGCUAUCAUGAUGCUGUGGCCGUCAAUUGCUGGAAGGAGGAGUGAGAAGUGAAGAGCAGAAAAAGUAUGAGCGCAAGCAAGACAU